UACUAAGGAUUAGGCGGUGACAAGCGCUUGUUGAACCUAAACAACAGCAGGCUAAACAGUUUGUAAACACAGUUAGCAGUAAUUAUGAAGUCUUGUUGCGCAUACAGUGUUGGGGUGCUCUCUAUUCUUAUAUUAAUCGCUGGAAUUGCGAUGGUUUUGGCUCAGGUUUUUCAAACCCUCUUGUACAACAGGAUAAAAAGUGAAGUGGUACUGGAAAAUGGUACAGAGGCCUUUGCGGUGUGGCAGGAUCCACCGCCGCCUGUUUACAUGCAGUUUUACUUCUUCAAUCUGACGAAUCCUGAGGAAGUUCUGUCAGGCGAAAGACCUGCAGUGAUUGAGCUCGGCCCAUACACCUACAGAGAGUACCGACCUAUGAAAGGAGUGAACUUUAUGGACAAUGACACCAGAGUAGCUGCUGUUAACCCAAAAACAUACAUUUUCGAGCCCAACAUGUCACGAGGAUCUGAAGAUGACAUAAUCAGGACUGUCAACAUCCCAGCAAUGGCGGUGAUGGAGAAGUAUCGAGAUUCCAUCUUAGGGCAUCUAAUCUCUGAUUUGAUGAAAAGUACUAAUGAGGGGCUUUUUGGGACGUGGAAAGUGGGAGAGCUGCUCUGGGGCUAUGAGGACCCGUUACUCAAAGAUCUUCACGCAUUCAACCAUUCCCUGGACCCCAACUUCGGCCUGUUUUACAAGAUGAACGGCACAGACGAUGGCGAGUAUGUGUUUUACACCGGCAAACAGAACUAUCAGGACUUUGCUCGAGUGGAUCUAUGGAGAGGCCAGAGUUCUCUUGAUUGGUGGACCACAGAUCAGUGUAACAUGAUCAAUGGAACCAAUGGAGCGAGCUUUCAUCCAAUCAUCACCAAGACGGAGAAGCUGUACAUGUUUUCAUCAGAUCUCUGCAGGUCAAUCUAUGCCACGUUUGAGUCGGAGCUGAGUGUCAGGGGAGUUCCUGCUUACCGCUUCGUCCCUCCCAGCAAAGUUUUCGCAAAUACAACAGUUAAUCCAGAUAAUGCUGGAUUCUGCGUGGGAGGACGCUGCCUCAGUUCGGGUCUGCUGAAUGUCAGCGGCUGUAAACAAGGUGCCCCAAUCAUCAUGUCCUCUCCUCAUUUCUAUCAGGCUGAUGAGAAGUUUGUUGACGAUAUAUUUGGGAUGCGACCCGUGAAGGAGGAGCACGAGACAGCCAUCGACAUCAACCCACUCACUGGACUUGUUGUGCAAGCAGCAAAACGUCUUCAGGUGAACGUCUUCAUUGAGAAGCUUCCGGCCUUCAGCCAAACUGGUAAUGUCAGAACUUUGGUCUAUCCAGUGAUGUACCUUAAUGAGAGCGUCCUAAUCGAUGAGGAUUCAGCCAAAACGCUCCAAGGCGUGGUCACCCAGGCCAACGUUGUGAUUAACAUACCCUUCAUCAUUAUUGGUCUCGGCAUCUUAAUAGGCGUGGUCUUCAUCGUGCUCAUAUGUCGUCAAGAGCGGAGCACUCCUGAUGAACGCCAGCCCUUGCUCAGCUCAUAACGCAACAGGAAGUGGAUGCUUCCCAUAAUGUCAAUGCAGCGUGAUCUCCAGCUAUGAACUGAAAGUAGCAAUGCACUGAAACGAUCAUCAAACCCUUCAGUAAUGAGAGCGAAUGCAGCAUUUUUUCACAUCUGUGGGUGUCAGUAGAAAGUAAAUAUUUGCAUGCAGUGCCAUAAUACAACCAUCGCUUACGGUCACUUACACUUUCUAUAAAGACUAUAUUCAUAGAGUCUUAAAACUCUAAUACGUCAUGCAUUUCCAGUAUAGUGCUAGCAUUCAUAUCUUGAUUACUUAUAUUAAUGUUAGUAAUUGUGUUUCUAAAUAUAGCUACAGAUUUGUUGUCAAAUUGUACAUAAGCUUGAGUUACACACUAACAGUGGCAUCCUGUGCCCUCAUUUCAUCAGUUAUAGUUGAAAAUUUGUUGGGUUUUUUUAUGAGGAUAAUCUUAUUGUGUGUAAUUGAACAAAUGCUGUUCAGUACUUGAGGUUCAAUACAUUGACGAACAUCACACUACUAUAAUCAUUUAUAUAGGCUUAACAUAAAUAUUACUGUGUUUCCUAAGGUUGCCUCUAAAGGUUGGGAAAUUUCCAGUGUUCAUUGUUAUACAAGCCAGUGUUCUUUCUGAUCGUUGCUAAACGCGGUGCUGAUGUCAGUGUUAUUGUGCUUUUAAAUGAAAAACUAUUGAAUUUUUUUCUUUCUUUGUUUUAUUUUCAUCAAAAACAGAAUAUUAGUAAGAUACUCCCAAUAACUACUUCUAAAAACUUCCAUUCAUACUGGCUUAAAAAACAACUUUAGGUUCUACAAGAUGAGCGAAUCUGAUCAUUAGCUACAGUUUGCAAACAAUGGGCCUCAUUUAUCAGUCUUUUAGUAAAGUUGGGUGUAAAUGUUUGUGUAAACCAAUCCGAGCUAAAAAUUUCUGAUUUUCUUUGUACUUGCGUGUGUUGACAAAUGCCAGUUACCUGUAAAUUACCAAGCGCGUGCACGACACAGCUGAUUUGCAUUUGGUGACGCCCACAAAACUCCAUAAAAGUUCGAGUGUACAGACAGCUGGGAGCAUGAAAUGAGCAAUCAAGGUAAAGCCUGAAAAACAGAAAUGAAAGUUUUCUGACACACUGCUAUGCCAAGAAAAAAGUUAAUAAUAUUAAUAAAAAGUGAGUGCUAAAUAGUCCAUCAGCUAAGGCAUUUGUGUAUAGCUUAAGGCUCUGCACAGACAUCGCCCAUCCUCCAUUUAUACAGCACCAUUUUUCUGUCAUGAUUAGUUUUAUUUGUCUUAAUUUAUGACUUGCGUUCUUUAUUUUUUAUAUUCUUUAAUUAAUGCCAGAAAUGACUGGUUGUUCUCGAUGGUAUUCUUAGUUCGUGACCUAGUGACCUAGCCUGAGGAUGUGUUUUUGAUAGAGACUCCAAAGCAAUUGUAUAAGUGGCUCUGGAUAAAAGCAUCUGCUAACUGCUGUAGACGUAAUAAAAA